CACUACCUCAAAAAAUUUUCAUACGGAAACGCACGAGCUACCGAUCUAUGGCAAGCAUUCGACGAGACUGUUACGAAUGUCACGGGUCCCAGAGGCGGGCCUAUAAAAAUUACUGAAUUUGCCCCUCAGUGGACGACCCAGAUGGGAUUCCCAAUGGUAACUGUUAAAGCUCUCAAUAGCACCACUGUGAAAAUCACGCAGGAGCGCUACAAAGCGAAUAAGAAUGCCGUGGAGCCGGAGAAGUAUCGCCAUCCAAAAUAUGGAUUCAAGUGGGAUAUUCCGCUAUGGUAUCAGGAAGGCACUGAAAAGGAAGUGAAACGGGCCUGGCUUUCUAGA